CGCGCUUUUCCUUAUUUCGUCCCCCACGUGGCCCGCUCACAGUUCCAUGCCGCAUCACCGCCCGCCUGCCGUCAGCCACCGCCAGCCAGCAUGUAUAGCACCGUCCAGAGGCUCAACCACCUCUCCUCCCUUGCCACCACCUACCUCCUCGCCCUCCUCGCCCUCGUCUCCCUCGCCUCCUUCCUCGCCCUGCCCCCAGUCGACGUCGGCACCGUCCAUGUCAAAGACCUCAUCCUUACCAAGGGCCGGCUCAACCGCUGGGGAGCAAGGCCAGAAGAGCUGGCGUCUCUGCGCUUCGACAUCCGUACCGACCUGAACCCUCUUCUCAACUCGUACAAUACCAAGCAGCUCUUUGUAUACCUCACCGCGACUUACGAAGAAGAGUCGUCUUCAGAGGUCCAUGACGUGGUCCUCUGGGAUCGGAUCAUCACGCGGUCUGACACGAGGGACAUCAGAGCAGUAGGAAAGCAGCUGCCUCGCAGCAACAGGAAGAAGGGAAGGGGUAAUGUGCGAGUGGAAGAUGGCAAGAACAAGUACCAAUGGCACAACCCAUCGCACACUUUCAAGGACAUUCCGACAGCAAACUUUACCCUCCACUAUUCCCUGAUGCCAUAUGUCGGCGUACUGUCCUCUGGCGUGGCCGCGGUUGCCGAGGGGCCGGUUGCUAUUCCCGAGCUUAUAAAGAGAUGAUGAUGUGGGUUGCCCCUGGGAUGAUGACUGGGCUGUGGGGUGAUGUCUAACGUAGACAUUGUACAAGUAGGCUGCAUAGCAUGUAUAAUCGGCACAUGGCCAUGGCUUUUCAACUUUGUGCUCACAGCUGCUCGAUAUUCUGCUUCAUUCAAAUGUUAUUCUCGGCCUCAUACUCGGCACCAAGAAGUCAACAAAGUGACCCAAGAGUCAAGUGAGAGCGAAAGAGUAAGCAGAUGGGCAACCACAUUGCUCUAAAGUCCCACGUUGCAACAACCUCACAAGAGUAGUGGGAGUAGCUCAGUGGUAGAGUAGUAGAUUGCAAUUGAUUCGAUCGCAAAUAUCUAUUGGUCCUGGGAUCAACCCCCAGUUCCCACUUUCUUUUUGCUUUUUGGAUCCUGAUCUUCUGUACAAACAACCAACGAUGGCCUCAUUCAUGCCAGG